UUCUCUACAUAAUAUACAAAUACAUGUUCGCUUGCGUAGUCUAAUAAGAGAAGGGGAUGUAAUACACAUAUACUGACAAACAAUAUUUCCAUUGUGCCAUUAAUGGUGGCAUCUUAUGGUCGAAGUUCAAAAGAAUGACUUUAUACGCAGCACGUUGGUUAAUAUGUCGUGUAUUUAUUUCCAUUUGUUUUACUUCUUUUACUGGACUUGAAGAGCCAAAGUUGUCGUUACAGGAAAUGCUCACACGACUAAUUGAGAUGAAUAAACCCACUGUUAAUGAUGACAGACAUAACAAAUACUGCAGCUACAUAAUGCGAUUGUUGUCUUAUUUCAGCGGAGAAAGAUGUAUGGUUGCUGGAAGUACUCAGGAGCAGACACGUUUAAGAAUCAGACAAGACGAAGGGGAUUACGACUACCUCAUAAUUUCGGCAAUAUCUAUUCCUGUUAGUGCUUUACAGUACAGGGAAGAUCUUCCUUGUUUUGUCCACAUAAAUGGACUUCAGUUGGUUAAACAACUUCCUACUGUUCAACUGAUUGAUGGUCGUUAUCUACCAAGUAAUUUACUAAGUGAAAUUAGACCUGAAGUUUUUAAGCAUAUAAGAGAUUUUCACAAACUACUUUCAAUUUUUGGAAGAACACGUCGUCGCAACAGUUUGCACGUGGCUCUAGAUCAUAAUAUAAAGCCAGGAAAAACGUUAGUUUCGUACAAUGAUGUUGAUUGUCCAGCUUUAGAUAUGAAACAAGCUAAAAGUAAUCCGAAAUUAAUAUUUGAGCAUUUAAAACAAAGUAUUGAUGAGCAAUUAUCAGAAGGAAAAGAUGAAAUGAUGUCUCAUCUUAUAAAAGUAGCUAAUGUAAUAGACGCUUUUUCGAAAGCUGACAUCAAAACAGAUUCUGAAACGUCUAAUUUUUUACAAACGUUUGGCUCCAUUAUUGGUGCUCUUUCAUGUGAAACUGCUGAAAAUACUAACUGUCAAAACAUUACGGAUACUUGUCCAAAUGAGAAAUUUGAUAGAAAAAACAAACAAAAAUAUUUUUAUAUGAAGCCAAAAUCAAACAAUAUUGAUGACAAUACCAAUAGAGAGGAGUUCGACAAAGGCGAUGUUAUACUAAAAUAUAAAUCAAAAUCAAGCAAAGAUUUUAUACCAGCAUUCCCGCUUGCUGGGAAGCCAAGAUUUCUUGAUGAGUGGAAACAACGUAAACGCGUCUGGCCACCAGAACAUGUAGUGGAUGAUAUUUACAAUAGCGAGUUCUUUGUUGUUGCAAAACCGGCCUUGACAAAACGAGAGAGAAAGAAAGAUUUUUGUUUGGCGUACAACAACGGUGAAAUAAAGCUGGCGAGAGCAAUGACUAGUGUUCAAAAGAAGGUUGUUCUCAUUCUUAAAGCUAUUAAAAAGAGUUUAUUGCAAGAUUAUUCAGAAAUAUUAACUACAUUUCAUUGGAAAACAGCAGUUUAUUGGAACUCAGAAACUCUCAAUUCGUUGUUACUAGUGGAUACAGAAGACAACGUAUUUAAAUUGUUGAUAAAAGUUCUAGACUACAUGAUCAAUUGUUUGCGAGGUAGAGAACUGCAACACUUCUUUAUUCCAAGCAAUCUUUUUGCGGGGAUGAAUGAAAACACUUCUAUUGAAAUUGCGAACAAAAUUACGGAAAUUCGGGAACAUCCGAUCAAAGCUUUGAAUGUGUUUUUCGCUGGACAGACGUUUGAUGAAAUAAAAUAUGAAAAAAUUCCUGCAGAAAAAGUAGCAGAAUUCCGGAAAGCAUAUAAUGAUCCAAGCGAAAGUUCAAAAAUUGAUAUUAUCAUGGCUAUACUAAAGAGAUUUUCGAGUGAAAGUAAGGAAAAGGUACGGGCGGCAUUGCAUGACGUGCUCACAGAUGCACUUCCAUUUUUCAUCGAAGAAAUGGCAAGAAGACGAGAUAAGAGUCAAGUAAAUUCAGCUUUAGAACAGUUGAUAUUGUCAAUUCAAAUUCGCAAAGAAAGUUUUAUUGACAUGGUAGUAAACCAUUUACUAGACAAAGUUAGGGAAAAAGAACUAAAUGGUAAAAACAUUGCUCAGAUUUUCUGGACUCUAAUUUUAGAAAAAGUAUUAAAUCAAUAAAAAUAUGUGACUUGUCCUGUAAUAUGACGUCAUCAUCCUGUAUAUAUAAAUAUCACAAGGAUUUAA